AUGCUCGUUCUACUUAUUGGAGACUUUCAUGUUCCACAUAGGAAAAUUGACCUGCCUGCUAGGUUCAAAAAGCUUUUAGUUCCUGGCAAGAUUCAGCAGAUCCUUUCCACUGGCAACUUGACUUCGACUGACAUGUAUGACUAUUUACGAACUAUAGCACCUAAUGUUGUUACUGUCAGAGGAGACAUGGAUGAGUUUCUUCCUGGAUCUGGAUCUGGAUCUGCAGCUACUCAUGGUCUUAUCCGCAUUGGACUUUUGCAUGGCCAUCAGUUGCUGCCUUGGGGAGAUGUUCAAGCUUUAGGGAUUGCUGCUAGGCAACUGGACGUUGAUGUGCUUGUUUCUGGCCACACUCAUGAAUUCGCUGCCUACGAGUAUGAGGGUCGCUUUUUUGUUAACCCUGGAUCAGCUACUGGUGCAUUCUCUCUUACUACCCUUGUUGAAACCACCCCAAGUUUUGUUCUGAUGGAUAUUCAAGGCACAUCAAUCGUCCUUUAUGUUUACAAACUGAUUGAUGGGGAAGUCAAGGUCGAGAAGCUUGAUUAUGAAAAAAGUCUAGACAUCACCAACCCAAUUUAA